AGAAGGGACCUUGGAGGUCAUCUAGUCUAACCCCCUGCUCAGGCAGGAUUAGUUUCCAUCCGUUACUUCUUGUCCUGCCUUCAGCUCCUUUUGGAGAACAUGCUUAUUAUGAGCAAUUAACUCAUUGUUGGUGGCUAACCUUCCCACCCUGUUGUUGUGCAUUUGCCUGGUGAAGUGUGAAAUUGGAGACAGCUACGAGUUGCAAGUCUUCUGCCUGGCCGUGUAUAAACAUGAAAAAUUGUAGAGAUAAUUCACUGGACGCGUCGCUUGCUCUAGGAUCAGAACUAAAAGUUUUUGCUUGGAAGUUUUAAAAUAGCAAUGAUGAGGCUUCCUUUUUUUUUUUUUUUAAGUUUUCAUCUCCACAAUUCGGAGCAACUCCGUCGGCCUUUUGCCAGCUUAGUCAUUUCAAUGUCCACCUUUGUUAUUUCGGCAUCUGCAAAAUACAGGGUUUUUUUUCCCCUUUCUCUCUCUCUGUCUCUCUCUUUUAAGCAAGUUGCAUCCCAGUGAUGGCUGGGUGGGAAAGGCCCAGCUCCUGGCUUAUUUUUAGUGGCCAAUCAAAAUAUUUUCCAAGAUGAAGGAGGGAGAAACACACAGAGACUUUGGGUGGCGCGUAAGAAAAAGAAGCAGCCGGAGACAGUGCAACCUUUGAGGUGCCUGGGCUAGGAGCAACGGACGGCUGCCCGGCCUCAGCCAUGCCCAGAUAGCCGUGCCCGCCUGGACCUUUUGGAUGCCCCCUCGGUGUGAGAUGGGACCCUCGGGCUGCCUGGCUGGGCUCCUGCUUCUCCUUCUCCCAGGCCGAGUCACCCCUUUUAACAUCGAUGUGAAAAGAGCUCAGAUCUUUCGUGGGCCUCAGGAUGCCCAGUUCGGCUAUAAAGUCCUGCAGUUCACAGCUCAAGAGCAACAAUGGAUGUUGGUGGGCGCACCUUGGGACGGAACUGAAGAUGACCGGAAAGGUGAUGUUUACAAGUGCAUUGUGGGAGAGAGGAAAAACUCAACAUGCACUAAAGUCAAUAUAGGUGACAUGAGUCUCCGGAAUAUUUCCAGGCAAACAAAAAACAUGCAUUUUGGGAUGACGCUGAUGGCCAACAAAGAUGAUGGGUUUGUGGCCUGUGCUCCCCUCUGGUCCCAGGAAUGCGGCACAUCCAUGUAUAGCACAGGGAUGUGCACCAGCGUGGACAAGGACUUCCGGCUGAUGGAAAACAUCGCCCCGACGGCUCAGAGAUGUUCCACCUACAUGGACAUUGUGAUUGUCCUGGAUGGCUCCAACAGCAUUUACCCAUGGUACGAAGUGCAGAAUUUUCUUAGCAACAUUCUCAGCAAAUUUUUCAUUGACCCAGAGCAGAUCCAAGUGGGGGUCUUGCAGUACAGCGAAGUUGCGAUUCAUGAGUGGACCCUGAAGGACUACAAGACGGCCGAAGAAGUCAUUGAAGCCGCCCAAAAUAUCAGCCGGCAGGAAGGACUUGAAACUCGGACGGCUGCCGCCAUCCACAAGGCCUGCACGGAGGCCUUUAGUCCGGAAAGGGGGGGCAGAGCAGGGGCUACCAAGCUGAUGAUCGUGCUCACUGAUGGAGAGUCCCACGAUGGGGAAGAACUUAAAGAUGCCCUGGAAGAGUGUGAGGAACGGAACGUGACCCGUUACGCCAUCGCAGUCUUGGGCCACUACAUCCGCAGGAAGAAAGACCCCAACUCAUUCAUCAACGAAAUUAAAUACAUUGCCAGCGACCCAGACGAAAAGUACUUCUUCAAUGUGACGGACGAGGCAGCCCUGAAUGAUAUUGUGGACUCUUUGGGAGAUCGGAUCUUCAGCCUUGAAGGAACUCGCGAGUAUAACUCUUUUGAGCUGGAAAUGUCUCAGAUUGGCUUCUCCACCCACCUGCUGGAGGAUGGACUCCUCUUUGGGAUGGUGGGAGCCUACGACUGGGAUGGCGGGGUGCUCAAAGAGGGCCGGUCAGGACGAGUCACUCCCCCGCGGGAAGCUUUUGCCAGAGAGUUCCCGCGCAAGCUGAAUAACCACGCGGCCUAUCUGGGCUACACCGUCUCUUCAAUCAGACUCAGGAGUGGGCGAAGGAUCUACCUGGCCAGCGCCCCCCGUUUCCAGCACAAGGGGAAAGUUAUCCUGUUUGAGAUGGAUGGAGAUGGCAGCGUGACCAUCUCUCAGGCCCUGACAGGAGAUCAAAUUGGAUCCUACUUUGGCAGCGAGGUUUGCCCAGUGGACGUGAAUGGGGAUGGCAUCACAGAUGUCCUGCUGGUGGCUGCCCCCAUGUACCUGGGCCCACAGAACAAAGAGAUAGGGUGCGUUUACCUCUACAAGGUUGGGCAGUCACUGCUGACUUUCAACGGGACCCUUCUCCCUGACCCAAAGCCUCAGGAUGCUCGCUUUGGCUACGCCUUGCUGGCUGUGCCCGAUCUUAAUCACGACAGCUUUAACGAUGUGGUUGUGGGUGCCCCCUUGGAAGACAACCACCAGGGGGCGGUCUACUUGUACCACGGCUAUCGUACAACUGUAUUACCACGUUUCAAACAGCGCAUCGAGUCCGCCGGCCUUCGCUGGGGCCUUCGCUAUUUUGGCCGCAGCUUGGACGGGCAGAUCGACAUGGAUGGGGACGGCCUGGUGGACCUGGCUGUGGGGGCUCAGGAUGCUGCAGUGGUCUUAAGAUCCAGGAGAAUUGUGCAGAUCAAUGCGUCCAUCUCGGUCAGCCCUCCCACCAUCAACGUGAUCCAGAAAAACUGCCAGAGAAAUGGGAAGGAAUCUCUCUGUGUGACAGCUAACUUCUGUUUCCGUGUGACUUCACGUUCCCUGGGUCCCCGGGACAGCCAUAUGAGUAUAAAAUACAACAUCUCCCUGGAUGACAGGAAGUUUAGCACGAGAGCGGUCUUCGACAGCAGCUCUCAAAAGCUGCUGCAGAAGAGGACUCGGGCCACCGUGGGCAGGACGGCGUGCUCAACUGCUCGCUUCCACGUCAUUGACACCUCAGAUUACCUCCGGCCGGUCACCAUCACCAUGAAGUUUGCGCUGAGUGAAACUGAGCAGCCUGGGCCUGUGCUGGAUGAGAAACUGCCCACCACUGUUAAGAAACUAAUCCCUUUUUUCAAAGACUGUGGUGAGGAUGAUCAGUGCGUAACAGAUCUGGUGCUACAAGCUGAGAUGGAUAUCAGUGGAUCCAGGCAGAAGCCUCAUGUCAUCCGUAAAGGGAAGCGGAAGAUGGUGGUUGAUGUCCUUCUGGAGAACAAGAAAGAGAAUGCCUACAACACCACCCUCCAGAUCUGGUUUUCCAGAAGUCUCCACUUCUCCAGCCUUGGGCUGAAGGGGGAGAACCCCAUGAAAAUGGAGUGCUCAGUUUCGUCUGCUCAGGCCCGCCUGUGCAGUGUGGGUUAUCCCGUCUUCAGGUCCAUGGCGAAGGUGGCCUUUGCCCUUGAGUUCGAAUUCAGCUGCUCCUCUCUUCUGAACAAAGUGCAAGUGAAGCUUACAGCCAGCAGUGACAGCAGUGAGUUGAAUCAAACGCUGGCAGACAACACAGCUCAGCCCACUGCCUUCGUCUCUUAUGAGCCUGACCUCUUCCUGACCAGUGAGUCUACCCUGAACCGUUAUGAAGUCCACCCUGUGGGGACUUUUCCGAGUGACAUGAGCCCGGAGUUUCGGACCACCAUCAAAAUACAAAAUCUUGCCUGUUACGCUGUGACGGAUCUCUCGCUCCUGCUGGCGCUUCCUGCUACUGGCUAUCAAGGGAAGGAAUUCCUCUGGGUGACUCGCAUCCUUGCUGAUAAUAUGACCUGCAGCUUCCCAAAUCAUACCGAGUUCGAAGCAGCUAGCAGUGUGAUUCCACUAUACCCAGAAGAAUUGGCACACACAGACAGAGUGAACUGCACCAACGCCGGCUGUCAAGUGGUGACUUGCCAGCUGCCGCGGCUUGAGAAAAGCUCCGAAGUCACCGUCCACUUACUCAGAGCUGUCCGCAACGGGUUCUUCCGGAAGGCUAAGUUCAAGUCGGUGAAGAUCAUCAGCAGCAUCACGCUGAGCGUUCACGAAGAGAACAACCUGUUUCUCCUACCAAAAGCCGCCCACCAGCGGGAGGUUCUCUUGGAGAUUAUCCAGUCCAAACUGGUCCCUCUUUCCCUCUGGAUUCUGAUUGGCAGCAUCCUUGGCGGCCUCCUGCUUCUAACACUGGUCAUCAUCUUUUUAUGGAAGAUUGGAUUUUUCGCGCACAAAAAGCCUGGAGAAGACGAGAAAGAAGAUUAAACGAGUCCGUGGGAACAAAGACUCUUCGCCCAAGAGGAAGACGCGUCCGUGAGUUAAAACCCAGAAGGGGAGCUGUGCUUUUUUUUCUGUACCGAUCACUUUUAGGACCACGGACGUUCGGGCCGGUCCGCAAGAACGGCUCCAAAAUCUUAAGGCAGCAUCUCUUCGCAUUUUGGGAACCAGAAAGCACGGCCGUCUCUCUCCCCUUCCGUGUAUUUAGAUAUGCGCUAUCUAAAUAUUGCCAAGACUGAUCUUCAGGUAGAUCAAAAGCCACGUUUGCCUGCCAGAUUUGUGGACAGGCCUGUGGACUUUUAAGGGGGUCCCCUUUCACCGUGCAGGAAAUCCCCACAUGGAAAUCCUUUAUUCUAGAUGCUUUUUAAACCCCCCCUCCCCAGAGGAAGUUUUGGGGUUCACUCUGGCAUUUGCAGUGCUGCAACACUGCACCAGAAGCUGCUGUUGGGACUGCCUGUUGCAAAUCUUGCUGGACUUUUACUUCAAGAAAAAACAGAGACAACCGUGGUUUUCGUCCCGCGCAGCUCGCUGGAGCACUGAACAAGCUACAGGGAUUUGGGUCUCCUUUGGCUUGUUGCGCGUGCCCAUUUCCGAAACCAGGCAUAUUGUUAAAUUGGUUCCCCCCCCCAAAACAAGAGGCUGUUGUGUCUGUUUUUCACAUAAAUUGGGGUAUGGCGUCCCCCCCCUCCUCAUCACGAGCCACCUGAAUUUCUGAAAAAUUGUUCUAAUGAAAACGGGGAUUUUAUAAAAUGGGAAAGUUGCUCUCCCUUCUUUUUUUUAAAGCGUUGUGUGGAAGAGGGUUAAGCGCCAGCUGCCCGGUUGUUAGCAAAAGGCAGGGUGGUGAUAGUCGCGUCCCUCCUUUUGGCGAAAAAGUGGGCGCUCCUAAAAGUGGACAAACACCUGGGGGAAUCACGAUCUUGGGCUGCCUCAAGCCAAGGCAGCAACAGAACAACAGAAACGGAAGCGAAGACACGCUUCCUUCUCCACAGUCAUAAUCAGAAGUGGAGGAGGAGCCUGUGGCUGGACUCCAUCUCCCAUCAACCUCAGCCAAUGCAGAAUAACGGGAAUUGCAGUCUCCCAAUUUCCAGCCAGGCCCUCCGGUUCUCAACAGCAGCCCCUUCCUCCCCGGGGAAUCGGUGAAGCCUGCAGCCAAAUGGAAGGAGGACUUGGAAGGGGAAGUUGGGCAGCUACCUCUGCCAGUUUCCCUUCAUCUUUCUGGACUGGCACAAGGGGGGGCUUGUUCUGGAGAAACUUCCACGGGUGCCAAGACGCGGGAAGGAUUCUGGGGCCACCAAGGGCCUUGCAACUUUUCCAGGGUCUUAGAGGCCCUUUGGCUACAGCAGGCCCCAAGCUGUGGGGCUUCUAACGGCGCUGGGCCUGGGCCUUUCAAGGGCCGAGGCUGCCAGGGUGGGCAACGCUGCCACUCCGAUUCCCAGCCUCCAUGAGCCUUGCCUGCCGGCGUGAAGAAGCCAGCCUCUCUUGCACGUCUCGGUUCAAAAGCCCGGCCAAAAAUUACCUUCGCUGGUCUGGUUUCUUAUUAAAGACUUUAUUCAAUAGCAAGAUUUAGCAUCAACGCCCAGGCACAUUUUUACAACUGUGCCCACGGCUCUUUCUUUCCUUGUAGUGUGUGUGUGUGUGUGUGGGGAAAGGGAGAAGGAGGUGAGUUGUUUUUUGUUUUUUUUUUCAUCUUUGUUCACUUUGCAUCUUGAUCUGGCUAACUCACCGGCCCGCGCCCCCCCCCCCGCCUUUCCUCUCCACUUGAAGGUGAGAGAGUUUUUUUCCCCCAGGGCUGGCGGGGUAUAAAGGAAGUCCAGACACGAUCGAGAGGAUUUCAAAGCCGAGGAGAAAAGAAUGGUGGCUGUAUACAGAAGCUGAA